AUGGCCACUGUCGUUCCCCGAAACUUUCGUUUACUGGAAGAGCUUGAAAAUGGAGAGAAAGGGCGAGGUGCUGAAGCCUGCUCCUAUGGCCUAGCUAAUGGAGAUGAUGUGACCAUGACGAAUUGGAAUGGAACCAUUCUAGGGCCUCCUCAUAGUGUCCAUGAGAACCGGAUAUACAGCGUCAACAUUCAAUGCGGUGAAAAUUACCCUGACGUCCCACCGACUAUCAACUUUGUGUCAAAAGUGAACCUUCCGUGCGUUGAUUCUCGAACUGGUAAAGUAGACCUGACGAAGCUACCUCGUCUUGCUGUAUGGAAGCGAGAAUUCACGAUGGAGACGAUCUUAUUUAUGGCUUUACCAGAAAACAAGAAGAUCCCUCAACCCCCUGAGGGAUCUAAUUUCUAG